CUGUCAUCAGGAGCCUACUGGCAUCCCUCAUACUUCCGGUUGCAACGAGUUGGCCAUGGUGUCAUGGUGAUAACACGGUGAUUAACUGGGAAUUAAUUUUCUGGAAUAAUCACAGGUUCCUUUUUUAGGAUGGAGGUUAGCGGAAGGGGCAAAGAGACUCGUCGAGUCAGCUGAAAUGAUUAAAGACGAAUCUCAAGGAUUUGAACUCGAGGGUAUCUUUCUUCAACCACGAGGACAUGUCUCAUUAUGGUUUCAUCAAAAACUUCCUCUCGGUGUAAUUUGGGAAAAGUAAAUCUAAGUUAAGUUAACUUGCUGGAAGUCUGCAUUCUGUCUCCCCUCACACGUUAAUUGAACAGAAGUUGAGAAGACAUCAUGUUGUCGUGCUUUAUUGAAAGAGCUGUAUUGCUUUACAAUAGGGGUUGAAUAGUGCAUAAUAUAUAUGCCAAGGACUGCAGUUUCCAUUUCAUCAGAUUUCAGUCUACACCUGGUCCUUGACCCAUAUGUGGUUCUUGAUCCGGAAGCUGUAUACGCGUUUGACAAACUGUAUGCUGGUCGCUGCAGUUCAAAGUCGCUCGCUGCAAAGGGAAAACUGCUCUUUUUAUAACUUUCUGUCCUCUUUUGAAAUUAAACAUAUGUGUUAACAUGUUUCUUGGUGGCUCACGGAAUUCUUUGGGAAUUCGAUUUCCGAAAAAGUUGAAAAUUGCCAUCCUUAUCUGCUUUAUAACUUUUGUUUUAUACGCCCUCGCACAUGAACUGAUGAGAACAUUAUGGAUAAACCCUGACCAGAACUCCAAUGGUAUUGUGCGGGAAGCCUACAGCGGAAAUAUUGUGAACGCUUCAAUAGGCCAUGAAUGUACGGAGGGUAACUGUCUCAAUGAGAUCGAAGGUAAGAUUACUGUUGCAACAACUGUGAUCGAAAGCAAUGACCCAAUGGGGGAAGAUUUGAAGGUCAGGUUCAAUGGUGGGUGGUGGGUGUCUUCUACAGUAUCCCGUGAACAUCAUCUGCACUAUGCUGUCAACUGUAGCGGUAUCAUCCAAGGUGACCCUGUGGCCUUAGACAUGGCAGAGACCACCCUUAACUGGACUAGAGAGGAAAGACGAACGCAGAUGCCUUCGGAUGAGGUAGUGGCCUCAUGGACACGAAACUGUGAUUAUUACCGGACGAAACGGAAGUACCCAACGCAGGCAAUGUCACAGGAAGAGUUAGACUUUCCUUUGGCGUUUAUCCUCCUCGUGCAUAAGGAUUCCGCUCAGGUUGAACGGUUGCUGAGGGCCAUCUAUUAUCCGCAGAACAUAUACUGCUUCCAUGUCGAUGCCAAAGCGGAUCAGGAUUUCUGGACAGCCAUCCUUGGACUGACGCGUUGCUUCGACAAUGUCUUUAUAGCUUCAAGACUUGAGAAAGUCCAAUACAGGGGGUUCUCCCGUCUCCAGGCGGACAUCAACUGCAUGGAGGAUCUGGUCUCUCGGAAAGAAUUCAACUGGAAGUACGUCAUCAACCUAUGCGGCCAGGACUUUCCCCUGAAGACGAAUCUUGAGAUCGUCCGGCAGGUGAAAGCGUACGGAGGCCUUAAUGACAUCCCGGGUGUGUAUCCGAAGCAAGAUGAAUGGUUCGUCACCCGAACCGAGAAUCAUCAUCGGGUCGUAGAUGGAAAAUUGCAGAAAACAAAGAUAAGGAAACCGCCACCGCCUCAUAAUGCUAAAAUGUACUUUGGAAACGCCUACUACGUCGCAAGAAGACCGUUCGUAGAAUACAUUCUCAAUAAUAAAACCGCAAAGGAUAUCUUGUAUUAUCUAGAAGAUGCGAACAGUCCUGAUGAGCAUUACUGGGUCACCAUGAGUCGCUAUCCGGGUGCACCGGGUGGAUAUCCAUACUCGUCAUGGAAAUCAAGCACUCGGUUUAUCCGAUGGACUGUAGGAGACGAGUAUCCGCCAUGUAUUGGAAAGUACGUGCGACAAGUUUGUGUUAUCGGAUUCAGAUAUCUGCCUUUUGUCACGAGUAUACCACAUCUGUAUGUAAACAAAAUACAUUACGAAUUUGACCCACUUGCGUUACAAUGUAUUGAAGAAAUGUUGGACUACCGGACAGCAUAUCCGAGUGCAAUUGCCGAUUUUGUUCCGGAUUACCCAUUGACCGAUUUGUUUCCAGACAAUCCGCCGAAAAACACAUAAAUGAAGUCGAGAGAGGGGGGUUCCUUGGAGCCUUGUAACGUUUAUUAUGAUUGAGAGCAGGUUCUCUUACCAAUUCUCGUUUUUUAUUGAAUUAUAGUUGUAAAAUGAUCAUGAACAUCGUAGCAAAGACUUUGAAAAGGGGAUUAUUAUUAACAGCCAUGCGUCACAGUCUACAUGUAUUAUACUGACCAUGGUUCUACAUAGGCAUCACAAAGGGUUAUUGAGAUUUCCCAUGAUAUACUUUCUAGAAAGUCUCAGCGUCUUU